GCCGCCAUUUUCUGGUGCCCAUAGAAGGGCAAGCGGCACCAGAAAAAUGGUCGGGUAAUUAGGGUUGCUAACAAUUGCAUUCUCCUCCACUCAUAGCUGCCAAGUAUCCCAAUUUAAGGGACAAUACCGGGAUUUUUCGCUAAACGGGAGACCGCCGGGAAACGGUAAGAAAAAAGGGGUUUUCCCGGCGGAUACGGGAUACUUGGCAGCUAUGGCCCCCCUCCUGUGGACUGGGAACAAUGCUGUCUGUUCAGGAAUCUUAAAACCCAAUUGUGUGCAGGGGUCAGCAAACUUUUUCAGCAGGGGGCCGGUCCACUGUCCCUCAGACCUUGUGGGGGGCCGGACUUGUUGUUGUUUAGUCGUUUAGUCGUGUCCAACUCUUCGUGACCCCUUGGACCAUAGCACGCCAGGCACUCCUGUCUUGCACUGCCUCCCGCAGUUUGGUCAAACUCAAUAGUCUGGGGGGCCGGACUAUAUUUUGAAAAAAAAAAUAUGAACGAAUUCCUAUGCCCCACAAAUAACCCAGAGAUGCAUUUUAAAUAAAAGGACACGUUCUACUCAUGUAAAAACACCAGGCAGGCCCCACAAAUAACCCAGAGAUGCAUUUUAAAUAAAAGGACACAUUCUACUCAUGUAAAAACAUGCUGAUUCCUGGGCUGUCCGCGGGCCGGAUUUAGAAGGUGAUUGGGCCUUAGUUUGGGGACCAGUAUAUAUGCAUGUGAGAGGGGGAUGGAUUAUUCAAUGGUGUGAAUAUUUGCACCAUGCAUAAUUUGUAUUAUGCAUGGUGCAAAUAUUCCCCAGGACUUUCACAUUCCAUGUGAUCAAUAUGGUGGUGUUGUCUUAUGUGUCAUACAUAAACUCUGUGAAACCACACCCCACUCUCGACAAAAUGCAGUAGCAAGUUGAGAGAAUGUCAACUUCGGCAACGUGUCUUGGUCAGCAGGAAACUGGAGGGCAAAGGAGACCUGCAUUAUGAUUUUUUUGUGUGUGUGUAGGGCUUGAUGAAUUGAGUAAAGAAACUGGGCGGCUUGAAUUUACAAGCAGUGCUUUUGCUUGCUGCAGCCGACCUGUAAUUUUGUAAUAUUGAUUUAAUGGCGCGUUUUGUUGCAACUGCGUUAUUCAAUUUGUUUCAAGUUGCCUCAAGUAAUAGGAAAGUGGCCAGGCAAAUGCAGUGAAGAAAAAGGAAUCGCUUUGACCAAUCCUGCCAGAUCAGUUGGGUAGGUUUGGGUUGGACGAAGGGUCACAUAGUUGUUAAUCUGUGGGGUUUCUUGUUGGCAGGGGAGGCUUAAAGAUAAUUAGAUGCAUUUAUGGGACGAAUGGCUUUAUCUGCAACGAUUAGUCCCAACAGCUCAAUGGAGCCUCCACGUGGCAGGGGUAGGAUACCGCAGAUUGCUGAGAGCAAACCACAGCUCUUGCCUUAAUGCCCUGCCUCUGGCCUUCUUGGAGGCACCCUGUCAGACAUGGGAGAGCUUUGCUAGUUGCCCCUUCAGUGUGGCUCAAAGUUGGCAGUUCAUGUGUCCUCAGAGAGACGGUUUGACUUCUUAGUCAUUUGGCUCUUCUCUGAAAACAAAUUGUGUGGAUUUCUUUAUUGUAGUUAUUAUUAUUAUUAUUUUGUUGUUGUUGCUGUUGUUAUCAUUAUCGUUAUUAAUAAUUUGGUAGUUUUCCUGUUGUCAUUCUGUCUCUCACGGCUACAAUAAACCUACCAUUAAAAUUAUGGACCGGUCAAUUCUUCAUCAGGGGGCAAACAGGCAAAUUUAGCAGGAGAUCAAAUACUUCUCCCCCCCCUCACUGUAUGCCAUGUUGAGUAGAAAGGAUCAAUUUUUGAUGAACCACUGAGGCCUCUCUGGUUAUAUGUCAGAUGUUCCGACAAUGCAAUGUCCCAUUCUUUCGCUAGCCACUCUUCCUGAGAAGGAAGUGAUUUGGACUCCCAAUGGGCAGCCACUGGCUGUCGCAAGAAGCAUGAGCACAAGAGAUUUAUGCGUGAUAGAUGUGUUGGUCCCACACUCCAAGGAUAGCGGUGCCAAAGCUGGGUCUGAGAAAAGUACCUGUGAAGUAAUUAUGGAGAUACAGUGGUACCUUGGUUCUCAAACGCCUUGGUACUCAAACAACUUGGAACCCAAACACUGCAAACCUGAAAAUUAACGAAUUGAGUAAUGUCCCUGUCCCAGUUAUGUUAAUGCCAGAUGACUUUAAGGCCUACAGCAAGAUUAAGGUGGACAAUCAUCUUUUCAACAAGGAGAACCUCCCAAGUCGCUUCAAAUUCAAGGAGUACUGCCCACUGGUGUUCCGAAAUCUCCGCGAAAGGUUUGCGAUUGACGAUCAAGAUUAUCAGAAUUCCGUGACACGGAGCGCCCCGGUGUACAGUGACUGCCACGGCCGUUGCGGAGUCCGUUUCCUCACCACCUACGACCGGCGGUUUGUCAUCAAGGCGGUGUCGAGUGAAGAUGUCGCAGAGAUGCACAACAUCCUGAAGAAGUACCACCAAUUCAUUGUGGAAUGUCAUGGAAAUACACUUCUCCCCCAGUUCCUUGGUAUGUACAGGCUCACUGUAGACGGCGUGGAAACAUACAUGGUGGUCACCAGGAACGUGUUCAGCCACCGGCUGACAGUGCAUCGGAAAUACGAUCUCAAGGGUUCAACGGUAGCAAGGGAAGCCAGCGACAAGGAAAAGGCCAAGGACCUGCCGACCUUCAAGGACAACGACUUUCUGAACGAAGGCCAAAAGCUCCACGUUGGAGAGGAAAGCAAAAAGAACUUCUUGGAGAAGUUGAAGCGAGACGUCGAGUUUCUCGCUCAGCUGAAGAUAAUGGAUUACAGUUUGCUGGUGGGGAUUCACGACGUGGACCGUGCUGAGCAAGAAGAGAUGGAAGUGGAGGACCGGGCAGAAGACGAAGAAUGCGAGAAUGACGGCCUUGGUGGGAACCCCAUCGGCUCUUACGGGACCCCGCCUGACAGUCCUGGCAACCUUCUCAACUUCCCCCGGUUUUUUGGGCCGGGGGAGUUUGAUCCCUCCGUGGAUGUCUACGCUAUGAAAAGCCAUGAAAGUGCCCCUAAAAAGGAGGUCUAUUUCAUGGCCAUUAUAGAUAUCCUCACACCGUAUGACACAAAGAAAAAAGCGGCGCACGCUGCCAAAACUGUGAAACACGGGGCCGGAGCAGAGAUUUCCACAGUCAAUCCAGAGCAGUAUUCGAAACGCUUCAACGAAUUUAUGUCCAAUAUCCUGACAUAGUUGCCUUCCCAUCCUUGGCAAGAAAGCGGAGGGAGAAGACAAAGUGGGGGGUGGGUGCAGGAUGCGACUUCCAGAGCAACAGGAAUGCACCCCACUUUGCUGGGGUGUGAUGUUCAGUGAAUGUGCGAUAACCGUGUGACCUAGCAGAAAACUAACUCAUAGCUGUAGGCGUCCAAAUACUCUGCUUGACCUGGUGGAAAAGUGGAGGUUUCUCUCUCUCUCUCUCUCUCUCUCUCUCUCUCUCUCUCUCUCUCUCCCUCCCUCUCUCCCUCUCUCCCUCCCUCCCUCCCUCCCUCUCCCCUCUCUCUCCCCCUCUCUCUCCCCCUCUCUCUCCCCCUCUCUCUUUCUUCCUUUCUCCUUCUCUCUCUCUCUCUCUCUCUCUCUCUCUCUCUCUCUCUUUCUUUGGUUGCGAAAAAAAUCCAAACAUAAACCUGAGGAAUUAUCUUUGAAGAGUAUCACAGUCUCCUGAAGGUCAGACGCAAAUGUGAAUAAAUAGCAGAACUCAACAGACCAUUGUCCCUUCGAUUGGACCUGCUGUUCUUCACUCCCAGCGAGGAGAAAAACAAACCCCUUGUUGCUUCUUUCUCUAAGAACUGGACGGGAAUAACCGUUUGCCGUUUGGAGGGGAAACUGUUACAGCGAUGUGCAAAAGCCAUUUUAAGUCAAUUGAAACGGAGGCUUUCCCCUUUGGGCUACAUUUCCCCAUUAUUAUUAUUAUUUUGCACCAAUGUUCAUUUCAAAAGAGAUGGGGGGUGGAAUAUGAUGACAAGUUGGCUGCUUAAAAAUUCAUGCAAGUCAAAGGGAGGAAAGCAGUUACAGAAGAAUUCUUACGCCUGUCAUUCUGGACCACGACAAAGGCCCUUGGCGAAGAGACUGACUCCGAAGUGGGUGUGGCAACAUUAAAUCAUUCUCUGGACCGAGUUGGAAAGACAUUUCUUUUGGAGCACCUGGACUCAGUUGCCUCUGUAACAUAACUGAUGUUCUGCCAGUGUUAAGCUAAUCAUGGUUCAGCCAACCUUUUUAACCCUGGAUCUGGUUGCGAAUCCCAUAAGACGGUGCUUGCCGUGAAAAGGCCGCCACUUUUUAAAGCAACGUAUUGUGAUGUGAAUCAGUGUGUUGGAAAUCUGUCUCCCUGGAGUUUUGGGUAGUUCCACUUUGGGAAGAACCCGAUCCUAGAACUUUGGGGGGAAAAAACAUUAUAAAUCGAUGCAGCUGACUGUUCCAUAACCACUAAGUCUGUGUGCUAGGACAGAACGUUGGAAUAAUUUGUGCUAGGUUGGUUUUCUUCAAGAAAGCAAACUGUGCUUGCCCCAUUUGAAUUGCAACUUUUUCUCCCCUUAUGGCUGCAGACAGUAACAUUGGAUUGAACAGCCACGCUUGUUGAAACUGCCGAAGAUUUGGAAUGCAACGCAUUGAUUCCAUGUUUUAAAUCUUAUGUGGGGUGGGGUGGGUUGUUUGCGGGUUGUUUUCUUUUUUAAGAUGGAUAUAACAGUUUUUGAGCCGUCACCUUGCAAUCAAGACACUUUGCUUACUCUGCCUUGAAACUGUUUCUCACAUAGGCCUUUCUUACCCUGAAUGUGGUUGUUGGGAAGUUUUGUGUCUUGUGCUGUGUAGUAUAGUUCUUGAUUUGUGGAUUCUGUCUUGUUGAGAAUGUGGUGAAUGUUUUCUUUCCUUCUUUCCCCGUUCCCUUGUAGUAUAUGCCCCUUCUUCUCUGACGGGAUCGCCCCCUCGCCCGAUUAUAAAAAGAAAAGUGAUUCCACAAUUGUAAAGACAUAGAAAGUUUUGCAAAACUUGAAAAUCGUGGAGUAUGCUGUAAAUAGACUGAGGUUUCCGAAAAGCCUAAAUGAAACCUUCCAUUAGGAAUAGGAUAAGAAAGUCCCUCCUCUUCUCACUUGUGACUUUUAAUUUCUCAGAUCAGCUGCAAUCCGUCUGCUGUGUUUUAAGCAUCCAGGGGGCAGGUCUACACUUGCCAUUUAUAAUGUUAAAAAUGUGUUAUGAAAAUGUGACACCAGAGGGCGCUGCAGAGCAGCACCCCACCGGCAAUGGGAAACUGCCAUUAAGAGUUAUAGAAUGUUUUAUUUAAAGGAGAUCAGUGUAGAUCCAGCCCAGCUGACUACACCGUAAACUGGUUGUGAAUAUGUGAGCAUAUUUUUCAGAGUGGGAAUGUGGAUGUCGGCAGGUUGCAAAUGCUUUGAAAGGUCACCUUUCUUCUCCAGAAGCAUGCACUCGAAACCCAUUGUGAAAUAAGAGCGUACGGCCUGCCUUUGGCCUGGGGAAAAUCUCCACUCUUGGAUCCAUUUCUUUGGUGCUUGCUUCUCAAGUUCUUACUUUCCGCCAUACUUUCCGCCAAGUUGUCAUUAAAAAUACACAAGCAUCCGCGCCAAAUACUGGUGACGAUAUUCCUACCAACGUCCGUCCUUUUUGAAGCUUGGCAGUACAGUACAGUGGGGUGGGGGAUACAUUUCCUGGUCAUGCUGGGACCCAAUCAAAAGGCCCAUCUAGCCCAGCUUCCUGUUUCUCACAGUGGCCAACCAAAUGCUCCUGGGAAGCCUGGCAGGAGGACACGAGCACAGCAGCCCUCUCUUGCUUGUGUGCCCCAGCAACAGGCACCCGGAGGCUUGCUACCUCUGAUAACCAGAGGCCAUAUUUAGCCCACCAUGGGCUAAAUAUUCAGUCUAUCCAACUCAAUCGGUGUACAGAAGCUGGCCCCCACACGCAUCGAAUGACCGUCCUGGGAGCUCAAGGCACAGACCCUAAACUUUUUGAAGUAUCUGUGGCCCACUCUAUCCUGCUGCCCUUGUCUCUUCCCAUUGCAUUCCCAGUGACCCCCUCUCUCCUGCCUCUGCCCCCCUGAAAAUCCCUUGCUCUCAGACAUUUUUGUCAGUUCUGUUCUCGAUCUACUUUGCUUGAAGCUCCCUCCUUCAACACAUCCUGGCCAGAACCACCUCUCUUUCUCUUUUUCCCAGUCUCCUCCUUCAGAAGCCAAUUCUUCCAUGACGCUUUUGGCUUGAUAAACCCCUUCGUUCUCUUGUAAAAGGGGAGGAACGCGACCCAUGGAUAUGGGUUGUUUCCGCCCAUCUCUCCGCUGGCAAAAAGCAAGAUCUUUCCGACAAUACACCCUUGGGGGCUGAGACAAGCCCCUCCGGUUCAUCCCUAGCCCAGCUAAAGCCUGAGUAACAUAAUCGUUUCCAAUUUUGCUAGCCUUAUUUUCUCCCUGCAGUCAUCCUUUUGAUUGUAUGCCCUGGGGGGCGGGGGGGGGGGCAAGCACUGACAUUUCAUUUUCCUGUCAAAGCCCAUGAGCAUUCACAUUGCUCUUUAAAAUAAGCAUGCUGCUCCCAUUAGGAGUGAGUGCAGGCAGCCAGUUACCCCUCUAACCAUUCAAGCUACCCCAGCUCCUAAGUGUCGUUCACCUGUAGGCAAAACUGCAAGCUGUUUAUCGGAUAGCGUUUGGAGACCUAAAUAUGAGAAGUCUUAAGCCUGGAGACUUUAGCUCCAGGGGGAGGUAUGAGCAGGUGCUAGGUGACUUAUCCAAGUUUCUCCACUCUGAACCUCUUUGUCCAUCCUGCGCCAACCUCUUUGUUUAGACUGUUUACCUUCACUUCUCCUAAAUUCGUUUUCUGCUCCAUGGCUAUGCGGCCCCUGAUUUUGGCUUCCUGUCAAAGUCUACCCCCAACGCUCUGCCUCUUCUCCCUAAUCGCACCCCAUCAGCAAACUCAUAGCUCUCAUAGCUAUAGCCUUCUGCUGUGUCCCUCACCUGGUCCCCUUCAAUCUCCCAUUUUUGUCUCCUCUGCAAGUCCCACUUCAGCAAAGCUUCUCCCCACUCAUUCUCGCCCCCAACUACCAAACCCUACCCUAAGUAUGGAGCCUCUGAGCUCUGCUCCCAACCACUGCGUGUAGAUGAGGACGCAGUCAGGUCUGCAACACUUCUGCAUAUUGCACCAGAUUAACUAUUGGCCAUUCAAGCUGAGUCUUUUGGGAUAAUUCCCGGGCUCAACAGGACGGUUGUGUGGCUGGCCUUGUCUCCUCUCCUGCUAAUCUUGGGUUUGAUUGAAAGGUCAAGUUGGGUUUUCCCUUCCCCACAAAGCAUGCUGAAGGCUCCUUUAGAGCCCUUUACUCUUCCCUUAGAUUUGCCUCCCCUCCAAUUUAAGAGAUGGAAAUCUUGAAAAUGGGUGAAACCAGGGCAGGAGACAUGAGAGGUCCAGCAUGCUGGUCUGCUUCUGGCCCUAGAAGUCUGCCCGCUGCCAAUCUUCAUCUUCCAUGCCGGAUUUGUAUCAAGCAUUUCCAAAUUCUUCUUCCGAUGAAUAUUGGAAGUAUAAUAUAUUAUGUGAAAUAAGCGGAAAAGUGCGGAGUUAGUUCUAGAAUGGCAGGAUAUUUAUUGUUCAUGGCAGAAUUUGAGUCACCAUAGUACAGAACUAGAUCUCCUCCCCCUCCAUGGAACGUCAGACGAACCUGGCAAUUCAGUAAACAUGAAUUAGGUGUAAAGGAUAUUCCGAUCAAGGCAGUUGCUUCUUUUGGUGCUGUGGAAGUACCCCCUGCCAUCAUGACUACGAUGUGCUGCUGAAUUGCAGCUGCUGAACAGCCUUUUAUUUCCCCCCCCCUCUAGCUUCUCCCCCACUCCAUCAAGAACCAUUUGCUUUCCCUCGGAUUUUGGGACCUCUGGGUUUCCUUUUCCUCGAGCACCGACAUUAAAACUUUCUGCAUCCAUAACCGUAAGGUGUUGUGGUGUAUUUAAGUUUUGUUGUGUAGCCCAAGGUGAUGGCACUGAUGAUGCAACUUUGCAUCCACAUCAAGGGUGCUGCUUACAUUUUCUCUGGAAUCGUAACUUUUGCACUUGCCCUGAUGUCCUUUUCUAAUUGUGAGCUGUUUCCACGAAGGGUGCAGCUUAUCUGGGCUGCUGGCUUACUCUUGAACCUAACGGCCACCGGACACUUCUGUUGUCACUGAGCAAUUGAACAUCACCUGCAGGUUUAGUAGUAGUGAUUUAUAUGGUCAUUUCCCCCCAAGAUCCUUAAGACAGAGAGAAGUGUGGAUAAGUGCAAGGUGGAGAGAAACAACAUCUGCUUGCCUGGGCAGAACGCCUUUUUCAAAAGCCAGCAUCGGCCAUAUUCGGUCCACACAAGGAAUUGUAAACAGCCAACACUUUUCCCGAGCAAGAGAGGUCAGCUAAGAGCCAUCUUUUUAAUCUCUCGCACACGUGCACUACAGAAGCAAAGUAUUUUCUGGCUCUUGGAGAAUGCCUUGGUGGUGCUGUCUCGAAAAAGAGGGCAAAAGACAGCCUAAUUGCCAUUUCAGUUGGAAGGAUCUCUAUGUGUUAGUUCUGCUCCUGUGAACAGGCUGUUUCUGUCUGCUCUCUUGCCUUGGGUAUAUGCUCCCUGGUGAUGCCAAAGCCUGAACCCUAAGGGAUUAGACAUAUUUGUUAAGGAAUCUUAUCGGUGGCUACUAGCUAAAUGGUCCUCAUAGUUUAAACCUGCAUGCUUUGGUCAUCACAAAAGGAGAAGAUGAGGUCAUCUACUCAGGAGAAGAAAUUCUUGAUGAGAGUUUGUUUCUGUGCAGAGUGAGGGCUUAUCCACACUUGACUUCCUUCCUCUCUUUCCAGGCACAGCCCGCACCUUAAAGCUUUAUGUCCAAGCGCUUGUUUUUCUUCCAGAGCUUUCUCCAUGAAAACCUCCUCUUUAAAGUUCAAUCGGAGCAAGCAGCAAUCCAUAGAAAAUCAGAAUUAACCUUUGCUCUGAUUGAGCACUAAAGAGCGAGAGUUUUUGCGGUGAAAUCUUCAGGGCAAAAUUAAAAAACAAACAAACGCUCGGACAAGGAACUUUAAACCACCUGGAAAUAGCAGGGAAUAAAAGGUAAAUUGGAUAAGCCUGGUGUUUGACAGCCAUUAUACACAUCCAUCCCAUGCUAACUUUUAAUGAUUUGAUGGGAGGUGGGUUAUCUUCAGGCACUUAGCACUUGAAAAAGAUACUGUUGUGGGAUUUUUAAGGGCUGGUGUUGGCAACCAAGUUUGUUUAAUCAUGUCUGCCUCCUUCAAUUGUAAAAACGGGUUGGGGCGGAUCGUAAUUGAUUAUUGCAAAGGUCAUGGGUACCACUUUGUGCUCAGUUGUUUCAGCCACACCUUUUCCAGCACAUCUGAGCCAGCCUGGCAAUGGUUUAUGUUCGUACCCCUUGUUCUUAGGCUCCUGUUGUUAAAAACGCACACAUGCACACACACUUUGUAUGCGAGCGAGACAACCAACAAGCUGCUAUGCAGUCUCACUUGGCCCCGAGAAUGAAAAUUGUAGAGCAAGUCUGCACAGUGUCACCACAGGUAAAAAAAAUUAAUUGUAUGAAUUGCAAAUGCAGCUCCUGUGUUCCUAGUCAGGGUGAAGGAAUCAUGAGCCAGUUCUUCUGAGCUACAUUUUUUUUUAAGCCUGUUUUUUGCGCUGCAUAUGCAGUGGACUCAAAGGUGUUUUGAAAGACGUAUCCCAAAAGGUUCAAGUAGCCGGUGACAAAAAAAAAGUAAACAAAAAACUAUGAGAAAAUGCACCCGUUUCAAUUUUCACAUUUUUUUAAAAAAUAGAGAUCUAAAGUUCAAUGUGCUUAUCUGUUUGCUAGAAGAAGUAUGAGACACUUAGUGUUUUGAAAUGCAUGCAUGUUAACAAGGUGAAGUCUCCCAGGUGGGACAAACAAAAUAAAAUUGAAACUUUG